UGUCACUCAUGCCUCACUAGCCAAUCACGAUCUCCAGGUGGAUCCGCUAGCCAGAAUGGGGAGAGCACUUCCGUUCCCCAAUACUAAAGGUUCGGGCUCGGGUCUGAGGGAGGCUCUUGUGGUUCCGUAUCCUGGUCUGCCACCCGCUGCCGGGAGCUGUGAGGAGAGCGGGGCGAGCUCGGGCUCCACGCCAUGGAUGCAGUGACCUAUGAGGAUGUGCAUGUGAACUUCUCUCGGGAAGAGUGGGCUUUGCUGGAUCCUUCUCAGAAGAGUCUCUACAAGGAUGUGAUGCUGGAAACCUACUGGAACCUUACUUGUAUAGGCUACAAAUGGAACAACCACGAUAAUGAAGAAUAUUGUCAAAGUUCUGGAAGACAUGGAAGGUGUAUCAACUGUCCCUCUGCAUAUGGAAAGAAGCAGUGUACCAAUCUCUUUCCUAUAACAAUUAGAAGAUACGUAGUCACCCCCUUUAUGAGAAGAGGAGGUGAAUGUGAUACAAGUUUACAAGUCCUUGGUUUUCCAACUUCAGUGGGAAUACAUCAAAAUACUGACACUGGAGAAAAGCCCUCUGCGGACAAGGAAAGUGGAAAGCCUCCUGUCUGUCCUGGUUCACUUUGCACAUGUAGUGUGACUCACACUAUAGGAAAAUGUUAUGAAUGCAGUCAGUGUGGUAAAGCUCUCAGUUCUUCUUGUUUUCUUCAGAGACAUGACCAAACUCAUAUGGGAAAAGGAAGUGAUAAAUGUGAGCCAAGUAGUAAAAGCUUAACCCAUCCCAGGUAUCUUCAAAUACAGAAGACGGCCUAUAAUGAAGAGGACCUCUAUGUGUGGAAUCAAUAUGGUAAAUCCUCUUUACAGCCACACCGAAGAACUCAUUUGGAAAUGAAAUACUCUGAAUGUAAUCAAGGGGAUAAAUCCUUUGCAUUUUACAAUCAUCAUCAAGUAGGUAGAACUAAUACUACAGAAAAAAAUUAUGAAUAUAACCAAUGGGGUAAAGCUUUUUCGUAUUCCAGUUAUCUUCAAGUUCAUGAAACAAUUCAUACUGGAAAGAGUCCCUAUGAAUGUAAUCAAUGUGGGAAAACCUUUGCAUAUAAAAGUCAUUUUCACAAGCAUGAAAGAAUUCAUACUGGAGAGAAACCCUAUGAAUGUAAUCGAUGUGGUAAAGCCUUUUCAUCUAACAGUAAUCUUCAAAGGCAUGAAAGAAUUCAUACUGGAGAAAAACCCUAUGAAUGUAGUCAGUGUGGUAAAGCCUUUGCAUAUCGCAAUAGUCUUCAUAUUCAUGAAAGAAAUCAUACUGGAGAGAAACCUUAUAAAUGUUAUCAGUGUGGGAAAGACUUUGCAAGUAACAGCAAUCUUCAAAUACACAGAAGAGUUCAUAGUGGAGAGAAACCCUAUAAAUGUUAUGAAUGUGGUAAACAUUUUUCAUGUAACAGUCACCUUCAAAUGCAUGAAAGAAUCCAUACUGGAGAGAAACCCUAUAAAUGUAAUCAGUGUGGGAAAACCUUUGCAUAUAGCAGUAGUUUUCACAUGCAUGAAAGAACUCAUACUGGUGAGAAACCUUAUGAAUGUAAUCAGUGUGGUAAAGCCUUUGCAUAUUGCUGCCAUCUUCAAAGGCAUGAAAGGUGUCACACUGGAGAAAAACCCUAUGAAUGUAAUCAGUGUGGUAAAGCCUUUGCAUAUCUCAGUAGUCUUCACAAGCAUGAAAGAAAUCAUACUGGAGAGAAACUCUUUGAAUGUAAUCAAUGUGGCAAAGUCUUUGCAUGUCUCAGUACUCUUCAAGAGCACAAAAGAAUUCAUACUGACAAAAAAAAUCCCCAAGGAAACUAAUAAAUGAGGAAUAGUCUUGGGUACCACACUCAUUUUCCCCACUGAGCUCUCUCACUAGUGUUUAAGAAUAGUAGAACUAUUCCAUCAUUAACAUAUUGUAGGCGUAUUGUCAUCUAAAAAUACAUGAACACAGGUCAAUUUGAAUAAUCUACUUUCAAUUCAAAAUGACAUUUAUGCUGUCAUUUAUUAUCUUUUGUAUUUUAUUAGUUUAUUCUGAGGCCUAAAACUUGUUCUUACCAUUUUCUCAGAAACACAAAUGAAAGCCAGAGAAUUGUAACAGGGAAUAAAGAUGGUUGCUGCUAA